AUGGACCGAAUUUCCAUCGAUUUCCCCACUUUUGGAAUGGAUAAGGCACCCGUGGAUCCACAGGAUACUGGCACUUUUAAACUCGCUGUAAGCCUUCCGUAAAGGUCCUUGGAAAACUGUUUUCGCUUAAUUCUGUUAAAGUUAUUUCAUAUGUCAUUAAAUUUAGGUCAGUGAGUACUCUAAAACUAGUCUCUCAUUGUUUCUUUUGUAGCUGGAGAAUAAAUACUUUACGCCUGAAACCGGUCUAAACAUCCUAGUUCUUGACGAAAGUGGGAAGGGAAAGGGCAUGUCCUAUAAGAUUGCACAAAAGGUGACAUGUCCAGCCCUAGGCCUCGACGGAGCUCAAAAAAUUGUGGCCCAAGGUAAUAUGGACAAGACUGAAGACUCGGAAAUCUUAAAACGUAUAAAGGAGCUGGGAGUCCAAGUACCCGACGACUAUAAGGCUACAUUUGAGGGAAAAUACAGUGAUGCUGACUCCCUUUUGCCUCGCUCGGUUGCCACGGAUGGAUUCACCUGCACCUACGAGGUUGAGGUAGGAUUAUUUGUCCCUCGUUAACUAGGCUGUACGUCUUCAAAUAAUUUCAAUCUGCAGUGCAUUUCGCGGGAGUAUAUCCACCUGCCCCCAUUAUUCAUGGUUCAACCCGAAUUUCAAUCCCCUGUAAUCCGUUAUUACAUAAUUUUAGGUGACAUGCAGCAAGUCGGAGACGUAUGAAGCUGAUAUAAUUGUCUGCGACCACUUGCUACCUGCCCCCUUCCAGCCCCGUCAUAUUCCCCAAACUGUGAGAGAAAACACCGGCUGGCGAAAGAUUGAGAAGUCGAAGAAGUAG